UUCUAUUAACGAACAUUCACAAAUUUGUAGUUUUGAUAUCAUUUUACUUUUUCCCUAGUCGUCACUUGCGUAGAUUUAUGCAAGUCAAGGAAUCCCUUUCAUCCUUGUUUUGAUGUUGGAAUUAUAUUAUUCCGGAUACAGUCCGAAAAGAAGCAACACUAAGACCUCUCAACCAGUACUUUUUUUUGGCAAGUAUUCAAACUUCAUCAAUAAUUUCUGAAAGCCACAUUUAGGACAAACUAUCAGACUUUGCUUAUUGCACCACAUAACUUCAGAGCCUUUAGUUACAACCUUAUCUUCCAAACCCAAGUUUCCGUCCCCACAAAACCAAUGGAUUCCAUAGCAGCAGUGACCUCCAGACCUCACUUAACGGCCUUUUCAAUCUUUAUUUUAAGUUGUUUUCUGGCAAUUAUACUUCAAGUCUUCUUCUUCUCACCCAUCACUCCGGAGCCACUUGAACUUCCUCCAGCCUCUUCCACUUCCCUUCUUCCCACAAACAGCCAAUUACAGAGAGUUAUAAAACUAGGAGAAGGGAUUUUGGAUAAGCCAGAAGACGUGUGUAUCGAUAAAAAUGGGACUCUCUACACAGCUACAAGAGAUGGUUGGAUUAAAAGGUUGCGUAGAAAUGGAUCGUGGGAGGAUUGGAGGAGGAUUGAAAGCGAUGCUUUACUUGGACUGACAAUAACAAAACAUGGCAGUCUCAUUGUUUGUGAUGCUGAGAAGGGUUUGCUUGAGUUUGGUGAAGAUGGAGUAAGUGUUCUUGCAUCUCAUGUCAACGACAACAAAAUAAGGUUUGCAGAUGAUGUGAUCGAAGCACCAGAUGGUAGCUUAUACUUCAGUAUCCCAAGCACCAAAUUUGGACUUCACGACUGGUACUUUGAUGUGCUUGAGGCAAAGCCUCACGGGCAGCUUCUCAAAUAUGAUCCCGCAUUGAAUGAGACAUCGAUAGUGCUCGAUGGCCUUUGUUUUGCAAAUGGUGUUGCGCUUUCUGUUGACCAAGAUUAUUUGGUUGUCUGCGAAACUUGGAAAUUUAGGUGCCUAAAGUAUUGGCUAAGUGGGGAAGGCAUAGGAAAAACAGAGAUUUUUGUGGACAACCUUCCAGGUGGACCUGAUAACAUCAAACUUGCACCCGAUGGAUCAUUUUGGAUUGCUCUGGUUCAGUUAACCUCUGGGGGGUUGGAAUAUGUUCACACUUCCAAGGCAUUGAAGCAUUUGGUUGCAACAUUUCCCAAAUUGUUAGAGCGAGUGAAAGGCAUGCAUACGAAAGCAACUGUAGUAAAUGUAGCUACCGACGGGAAGAUAAUCAGGAGUUUUGAUGAUCCCGAUGGAGACGUGAUGUCGUUUGUGACUUCGGCCCUGGAGUUUGAGGACCAUCUCUACUUGGGAAGUCUGAAUUCCAACUUUAUUGGGAAACUGCCACUGAAUGGUGCAAACUACUCUAGCCCCGAAUGAGAAGAGGAAGAACAAUACAAAGGAUGAAUGAAGGGAUUUGUAUAAAAUUAUUUCUUCUUUUUCCUAUAUAAUAUCUUGUGAUACGAGGAACAGUUGAAUCUGCACCAUAUUUUUCAUUCUUGAAUGGUCCGAAAGCACAUUCAUGGAACUCUAUCUUCUUUUUUUCCAAAA